GGCGGCGCCGGGACAGGAAGCGGAAAGCAGCAGUGCAGCGGCUGCAGCGCCGGGGCUCUGCCUCUACGGGAGCCCAGCGCAGGCCGCGGAGCCGGGGCCGCUGCGAGCCGAGACCGCGGGCCGCGGAGCCCGGCCGGCAGCGCGGAGACUUUGUUCCUGUUGAAAGGUAGCUCCUCUGAUUCCCACAAGGCUUUGAGAGCUCUAGGUGCGACUCGGCGUGGAAGGAGAAAAAGUGCCUGCCCCCUCAUCAGAAGUUCUCUAUUGCUAUGGAUACCGAAUCCACAUAUUCUGGAUACUCUUACUACUCAAGCCAUUCAAAAAAGUCUCACAGACAAGGGGAAAGAACGAGAGACAGACACAAAUCACCCCGGAAUAAAGAUGGCAGAGGGUCAGAAAAGUCUGUCACCAUCCAAGCUCCCACUGGAGAGCCCCUGCUGGCAAAUGACUCUACUCACACUGAGGAAGUUCAGGAUGACAACUGGGGAGAGACCACCACUGCCAUCACAGGCACCUCAGAGCACAGUAUAUCCCAGGAGGACAUUGCCAGGAUCAGCAAGGACAUGGAGGACAGUGUGGGGCUGGAUUGCAAGCGCUACCUGGGCCUUACCAUUGCCUCGUUCCUUGGACUUCUAGUUUUCCUCACACCUGUUGCCUUCAUCCUGCUGCCCCCAAUCCUGUGGAGGGAGGAGCUGGAGCCCUGCGGCACUAUCUGUGAGGGACUCUUCAUUUCUGUGUCGUUCAAACUGCUAAUUCUGCUCAUCGGAACCUGGGCGCUUUUCUUCCGCAAACAGAGAGCUGAUGUGCCACGGGUGUUUGUGUUCCGUGCCCUGGUGUUGGUUCUCAUCUUUCUUUUUGUGGUUUCCUAUUGGCUUUUUUAUGGGGUCCGCAUUUUGGAUUCUCGGGACCGAAAUUACCAGGGAAUCGUGCAAUAUGCAGUCUCCCUUGUGGAUGCCCUGCUCUUCAUCCACUACCUGGCCAUCGUCCUGCUUGAACUCCGGCAGCUGCAGCCCAUGUUCACACUGCAGGUGGUCCGUUCCACCGAUGGAGAGUCCCGCUUCUAUAGCCUGGGACACCUGAGCAUCCAGCGAGCAGCAUUGGUAGUUCUGGAAAAUUACUACAAGGAUUUCACCAUUUAUAACCCAAACCUCCUAACCGCCUCCAAGUUCCGAGCAGCCAAGCACAUGGCCGGCCUGAAAGUCUACAAUGUAGAUGGCCCCAGUAACAAUGCUACUGGUCAGUCCCGAGCCAUGAUUGCUGCAGCCGCUCGGCGCAGGGACUCCAGCCACAAUGAGUUGUAUUAUGAAGAAGCUGAACACGAACGGCGGGUGAAGAAGCGAAGAGCUCGACUGGUGGUGGCAGUGGAAGAGGCCUUCAUCCACAUCCAGCGUCUCCAGGCCGAGGAGCAGCAGAAAGCCCCUGGGGAGGUGAUGGACCCCAGGGAGGCAGCCCAGGCCAUCUUCCCUUCCAUGGCCAGGGCCCUCCAGAAGUACCUGCGUACCACUCGGCAGCAGCACUACCACAGCAUGGAGAGCAUCCUGCAGCACCUGGCCUUCUGCAUCACCAACAGCAUGACCCCCAAGGCCUUCCUUGAACGAUACCUCAGCGCGGGCCCCACCUUGCAGUAUGACAAGGAUCGCUGGCUCUCUACACAGUGGAGACUUAUUAGUGACGAGGCCGUGACUAACGGACUACGGGAUGGAAUCGUUUUCGUCCUUAAAUGUUUGGACUUCAGUCUCGUAGUCAAUGUGAAGAAAAUCCCAUUCAUUGUACUCUCUGAAGAGUUCAUAGACCCCAAAUCUCACAAGUUUGUUCUUCGCCUGCAGUCUGAGACAUCAGUUUAAAAGUUCUAUAUUUGUGGCUUUAU